AUGGCUGCGACAAUCGACCAGUUGCACUGCGACCCCCUCGCCGGCGCCCCUGCGGCGGACUCUGCUUCAAUCACUCCGCCGCAGAGCGCACACGGCAAAACCAUGGCACCUGAAGGCGUACCUUCCGAGCUAUCAGACCUCGAGCUGGAUCACAAAGCCGCCCCGGCGCCUGAGACAGCCGAGGUCAAGGAGGAAGAAGUGGAAGACAUUGAACCCGAUCAUUACUAUGGCGGCGGCAAGAUUCCCGUUUUCAAGCCGACCAUGGACCAAUUUAGAGACUUUCAGGCCUUCAUCAAGAAGAUCGACAAAUACGGAAUGCAGGCAGGAAUCGUGAAAGUGGUUCCUCCAAAAGAAUGGUCCGAGUCACUUCCACCGUUGGAUGAUGCGGUCAAGAACAUUCGGGUGAAGAACCCCAUCAUGCAGGAAUUCCACGGAUCCCACGGUACAUACACUCAAGCGAACAUCGAACGACAGCGCUCGUACAACCUUCCUCAGUGGAAAGGCCUAUGCGAAGAGAGCAGCCACCAGCCCCCUGCUCGCAGAGGAGAGCGACGCCGCAACCAGGAACGAGUGAAUCGUUCAGCUCCCACCCCACGUCCCCAAUCCACUCGCCCCGAGGGCCAGAAGCGCCGCCCUGGCCGCCCUCCGAAGCGGACAAAUCAGGUCAAAAUCAAAGAGGAGUCUACUGAUGACGUCGACAAAUCCAAACUCGAAGGACCACCGACGCCCGAAUCACCAGAGACCAACCCGGUGGAGACCAAGAGCGAGGACUUGAGUGAAGGCGAGUCGCUCCCUACCACCAAGCCAAAGGGCCGACAGCCCAAGUCUGUGUCUUCACGCCGAAAGAACAACCGUGGGGAAGUCAUGGAUCAAGUCGACGAGGAGGCGUUCAAGAGCUUUGAUUAUCGAAUCCAUGACAACGAGGACUACACCGCGGAGCGAUGCGAGGAAUUAGAAACCAACUACUGGAAGUCACUCAUGUACAACAACCCGAUGUACGGUGCCGACAUGCCUGGUUCGCUCUUCGAGGAUAGUACUACCUCUUGGAACGUUGCCAAGUUGCCCAAUCUGCUCGACGUUCUUGGCCAAAAAGUGCCUGGGGUCAACACUGCUUACCUCUACCUGGGCAUGUGGAAGGCCACAUUUGCUUGGCAUCUGGAGGAUGUGGAUCUCUACAGUAUCAACUACAUCCACUUUGGUGCGCCAAAGCAAUGGUACAGCAUUUCCCAGGAAGAUGCACCUCGCUUUGAACAAGCAAUGCGCAGUAUUUGGUCCAGUGAUGCAAAGAACUGCGAUCAAUUCCUUCGCCACAAGACCUAUCUCGUCUCGCCUAGCCUACUCAAGUCCCAGUACGGCAUCACUGUCAACCGGUUGGUCCACUAUGAAGGGGAGUUUGUCAUCACCUUCCCUUACGGCUACCACUCUGGAUACAACAUCGGAUAUAAUUGCGCCGAGUCGGUCAACUUUGCGACUGAGCAGUGGUUAGACUAUGCUCGCAUCGCCAAGAAAUGCAACUGCGAGUCAGACAGUGUCUGGAUCGACGUGGAUGAGAUUGAGCGCAAACUGCGUGGCGAGAGCACCCCCGAGUACUACGCUGAAUACGAGAGCGAGCUCGAUGGGUUCGAAGCUGCUUCCGAUAUUCUCACGCCGCCUCGCAGUGUUCCUGAGAAUCCCUCCCGUGGCCGAAAGCGGAAGAACCCGGAUGACGGGCCGAGGACCAAACGAUCCAGACUCCACACCAAUGGUCCGCGGAAGCUCCCGUGUCUGCUGUGCCCUAACAAUCUGGACUAUGAGGAUCUGCUGCCGACCGAGGAUGGCAAAGGCCACGCACACCGACGGUGCGCGUUGUUCGUCGAGGAGACUACAAUCCUUCGCGAUGCGUCCGGCACGGAGGUUGUGUGUGAUAUUGACAAGAUCCCCAAGGCUCGCUUGGGUCUGAAGUGUCUCUUUUGCCGCGAAGUCUUCGGCGCUUGCUUCCAGUGCAAUUUCGGCAAAUGCACACGCGCCUAUCAUGCCACCUGUGCCCUGUUGGCUGGCGUGCAGGUUGAAUUCGGUGCGAUUGCGGUCAUUGCCGACGAUGGCAGUCAAUACUCAGUUCCCAGUGUUGAUUUGAAAUGCAAAUUCCAUCGCCAGAAGCGACCGAACGGAGUCCUGGGAGAAUCCUCGGAUUUGGAUCGCCGUGUGAUUGAAGAGGCCCGUCAUCAGUCGCAAGGAAAUUUGGUCCAGUUUCAGGCUGACAAGGAAAUUAAUGGCGCCAUUGUGCUUGAAAAUCGACCCGAAGAGCGGAGCCUGUUGCUCAAAGUACUGCCCCGAGGCGAUGUGAUUGAAAUGCCUUAUCGGUGGAUGCUGGUGGUUCGCAAGUCUAAUUUCGUACCGCUCGCACUGGGAAUCAAACCCCUCCCGGUCCACCUAGCGCGCAAGCCCGAACGAAAAGAGUUAGAGUCAGCGGUGCCCGCGGCAGGCAGUGCAUUUGGCGAUGCACGAUCUCCCUAUCAGUGGGCCGAAUUCGAGACGGUGGAUGCGACUAGGAACUAUUUCGCCCCACUCCGGCCGGUGAGAGUUGAGCAGGUGUGGCAUUACUUGGGCACCAAGUCCACCGAGAGUAGGGCACAGUAUACACACAACCCUAGCGUGCCCAUCCACAACCCGCAGGCCAAUUUCCUGGACAGCGUCAAGUCGCUUGGCGUGGCUGGUGUCAGCGCUCGUGCAUCGAAGAUCUCACCCCACCACCGGUUUCAUUAUGCUACCCCUGCCCCUCCCUACCAGCAAAAUCUUUACGCCCAACAACAACGACUCUUGAAUGUCACCCGUCCUUCCGCCUCCCUGCAGCACCUUGCCCCUCCCCCUCCCCGUAUCCUUGCCGGUGCUGCUGCUGCUGGAGCUCCUGCGAUGCCGUCGGCCUUUCGAACACUACCCAAUCAGUCUGCCCGCCAUGCCCCCUACCCCUCGGUCGCCAAAUCGCACGCUCAGCAGCAGCAUCACCUCCCAUCCACCAAUACCUUUGCCAAUGUCCGGGAACUCAUAGCUCGUCGCCGCCUCGCUCAAAUAACUGACCACGCCAAUGUUUUUGCCGGAUACGACAUCGUCAGUCCCGAAAUGGUAGUUGAGACCCUGUUGGGUCCGAUGGGCUCAAUACCACCGGUCAAUGGCCUGGAGAAGCUGGAACUAGCCAUGGCCCAGCAACGGGUACAGCCACGAGCCGCUGACGGAACCUUGCUGCCACCUCAGACCCUCAACAUGCGGUCGGAAGAGGUCACUCGGCUCCUUCAGAUGUUGCGGUUCUCGCUGGUGAGUCACCGUGAGCGACUGGAUGUGAUUCAAAAGAAAGAGUCAGAAAACAUCAAGCAAGAGACCGUGGAUCGAGGUAGCGUGGCGGCAGCGAAGAUGCCCGGAAAAUAUGCCUACCUCGACCAGCAACGAUCCACCGCUCCGAAUGUCUACCAGUCGCCAUACAACAUGCCGUCCGGUCUCUCCGAAUAUGCCAAGUCUACGUACGGGUUGAUUCCUGCGGCUGAUGAAUCGCCCAAGGAGUCCCUGGCGAAUGACUUUUUCAAUAGUCUGCCACAGGAGGCCCAGGAAAAAAUUCUAAAGAACUGUGGUAGCUUUGUGCAGCGUGCAAUCGAGCGGUCGGCCAGUCACAGCCGGCAUAGUUCAGCCUCGAAUCUCCGGCUGUCAGCGGCUUUGGCUCAACAAACAGAAAAUCCGAUUAUUGACAUCACCCCGGUGGAGGAUCCCCCUCUACUUUCAGGUCUCGACAUGCCGCUUCACGCAGAUUCCCCAUGCUCCAGUUUCGGCCGGUCGCAUCUCCGAUUCCAGUCGCCAAAUGAGUUCCCCAUGCAUGGACCCGACCCACACCCUGAUCACCACGAUCUCUUCGGCGACCAACAAGCCAAUACACGCUUCUGGCAGAACGGGCCGUGGGUCGCCGGGGAUGGCAACACCCCCAAUGACGAGAAUCGACCGUUCUUUGGGCCACACAUCUUCGGGCCGCAUGAACGACUCAAGCACGACUAUGCUUCCUCCGACAUCUCCCUGGGCAAGGGGCCGGGAUCCCUUCACUCCGUCGAUAUGGCUGGGUUCGGGCCGGAUGGAGUUGAUGAUCUCCCACUCAGCCCAUAG